GCAAUCAACAUUCGUGAUUGGUAAAAAAACAGUGUGUUUGAAUUUCAAAAACACACUAUUUCUCCUCAACCUCGUGACGUUACAUCACCGACCCGCCUUUUUCCCCUUUCCCAGUAUCUAUCUACCACCAUUCACACUUUUCAUUUUUCAACUCCUUUGCCUCCACAUUCUCUCUCUCCGUCCACCGUCCACCCAUUAUGAUCUGCUCGAACCGGUCCAACAAAACCGGUUCAAACUGGCUCGACCGUCUUCGAUCCAACAAAGGCAUCCCAACCGACGACAACAUUGACCUCGACUCCUUCCUCCUCAGACUCACCUCCCAUUCUCCUCAACCCCGCCCCAUUAAACCGCCCCGACGCCGUCCAACCGUCACCCACGACCCACCGUUAACCGCUGUCCUCGCUCAUCUCUUCAAUCCCGGCGCCACCGUUUCCCUAACCUCUAAUAAAUGUCCUAGGAAACAAACAAACCCUAAAAACUUCAUCGCAUCAUCCUCCACUGUCAACAAUGCUCCCACCACCACCGCCGCCACUGGAGGCGGUGUGGUAGUUGAAGUAGAAGAUCGAUGCGUGGAAGAUAACGACGGUGAGGAAGAUUUGAAGGGUUUUACUAGAAGCGAGGUUACGUUGAUUGACACUAGUUGCCCACGGUGGAAGGUUGAUAAAUUGGUUUUCAGAAAGAAUAGCGUUUGGAAAGUCAGAGAAAGGAAAUCCAAGACCAAGUUUUUCGCCAAGAACAAGAGUAAAACUACUCGUGAUCUUCAACACCAUGGAAUUGGGAACUCCGAGGAUAAUGUAGUCAAAAUGGGAGGAGAGAAGCCUGUAAAGAAACUGAAGGUGUGAUCUAAUGCCUAAUCCCAAAAAAGAGGGUUUACAAAUCAAGAAAGGAAAACACAUCUCCCAUUUUUUAAAUAAAAGCAGCAGCUUAUCAACAGAGCAUAGGAACAAGAACAUAGUUUAACAAACGCCAAGAGAACCAGACAAUAAUCCAGGUCUUUACAGGUCGUUUUACAUGAGCUACAUAUUGGUUGCAGCAAGAAAUGGUGCAGGCUUCACAUUGGUACUAUUUUAUGUUGCCACUACUGGAUUUCCAUUGAAAACUAAUCAAAUAAAAAACUAAUUUUUGCCGAGUGGUAUUAACAUGCAAUUGUUGUGUUAAAAAACUUUGCUUUGUAAAUGUCUCUUCCAUUUUUCAUAACUUGAAACGUUCUUUACCCGAUAUAUUUGCAGCUGUUGCUUUUAUUUUGUCAUUUGUUACUGGAUCUAUUCUCAUUCUCAUGUCACAUAGAUGAUCAUAUUUUCGGAUAAUUCCUGUUGGAAGUCAGUUCACGUUCAGUUUACCUAUUAAGCUUACCUAUUGAGAAUGGGUUAGUGGCAAGAGGUUUACUAGAUUGCCUAAGGCUAAUUCAGUCUCCUGGCUAACAGUUAUUACAACUUGAUAAACCUGCACGGAGGUGAUAAUAGGUUGGGGUGAGUUAGCCUCUUGGUAAGUAUAAGUCUGACAUACUAAAAUAAAUUGAGACCUAAGCUUGACUUGUAGUUUGUCGUAAGUUUAUUUUUGAGAAUUGCUCUCUAAAUCUCAUGGGGUGCUUCCUCCUACCAUGGUGAAAAGUCACAACUGUCCACAGAAUUCGGAGAUGCGUCUCCUAACACAUCCUUUUUACACGCUCGCCAGCCCAAAUUGGUGAGAUACUUUUGUUUUGUUAAAAUUUAGUUCGGAGAUGCAUCUUUGUAUCAAUAUUAGGUUGUGUUCGAAGAUGCAUCUCCGUAACAACCUUUAAUUUAAAACUCAGUGAGUUUUACGUGGAUGCAUCACUAGAGUAUACUAUGUUAGGUCAAACUAAAAACAUUUGUAAAAUGUUGGAAAAACAAUACAAAUUAACAUUUAAAUAGUUAACAUUACAAAGUUGCAAGUAUGUUUUUCAAUGGACCAUGUUUAAUGUCAUGUCUGAAACAAGCUCUUUCUCUUCUAGAAUAAGGUGACAUAAUGUGAUGAUGAACUAGCUUGUGACACAAGACAUAAUUAUGUAUACCAAAAACCACAUUAAAUCUCCAUGUAUAAUUUGCUUUACGGUAUCCACGCAAUUUAAACGAACAUUAACAUUUUCUCGAUUCGGUGUCAUCACGUUUUAACUUCCUAAUUGGGGGUUGGUACGUGCUACUUCUUUCGCAUCUCAUUCUUACAAAUGUUUGUCUUCUAUUUGAACCAUUGUCAGACCUUCUGAUUUCAACAUUAAACCCCAAUUUCCCAGCCUCUAUGUGAACCUAUUAUAGCAUAUGUUCACGAAUAUCUACCUUGACAACAAUCGGUCUAGCACUUGGUUUAACAUCAUUCUUCACUUCAUUCAGUUUAUCAUCCUCUGGUUUAACAUUCAUCCUUAUAG